UGAAGAUUAUAUGCCUGCCCACUUAAAUUUUAAAAUUGUUUUCAAUUUGUACUUUUGUUAGUGGGAAGUUAACAAAUACAUUCGUGCGGUUUUUGAACAUAACAAGCAUUACACAUAGUGAUUAGUGAAUUAAUUAAAUUUACGUUGUACACACAGAACUUCAUAAAUAACAUCGUAUUCAGUUUAGAAAAUACCAAACAAUGUCAAUAGAAAUCGAAUCUGCGGAUGUUAUCCGGCUCAUUCAACAGUAUCUCAAAGAGUCUAACCUUACCAAAACAUUGCAAACAUUGCAGGAAGAAACAGGUGUCUCACUUAACACGGUAGACAGUGUAGAUGGAUUCUGUGCAGAUAUCAACAAUGGGCACUGGGACACCGUCCUUAAAGCCACUGCAUCCCUUAAGUUACCGGAUAAGAAAUUGAUGGAUCUGUAUGAACAAGUUGUUCUAGAGUUAAUUGAAUUGAGAGAACUGGGUGCUGCGCGGACACUGUUGAGGCAAACACAGCCCUGUGUACUUAUGAAGCAGCAGGAAACUGACAGAUACAUGCAUUUAGAAAACAUGUUAGCCCGGUCUUACUUCGACCCGCGUGAGGCGUACGGCGGUGCGCGGGGCACGGCGGGUGGGGGCAAGGAGUGGAGGCGUGCGGCACUGGCUGCUGCCCUGGCGGGAGAAGUGUCCGUUGUACCUUCCUCUCGUCUGCUAGCCUUGCUGGGGCAAGCGCUCAAGUGGCAGCAGCAUCAAGGGCUGUUACCACCUGGUACUACCAUCGACUUGUUCCGUGGUAAGGCCGCAAUAAGAGAUGAAGAGGAUGAUCAGUGUCCAACGCAGCUCUCAAAAAUGAUCAAGUUUGGCCAGAAAUCUCAUGUCGAAUGUGCAAGGUUCUCUCCAGACGGCCAGUACUUGGUCACCGGUUCAGUGGAUGGCUUGGUCGAAGUGUGGAACUUCACUACUGGCAAGAUACGUAAGGACCUCCGUUACCAGGCGCACGACGAGUAUAUGAGCAUGGAGGAAGCUGUGCUCAGCUUGGCCUUUGCGCGAGACAGUGAUACUCUGGCUGCUGGAUCCAAUGAUGGCAAGAUCAAGGUAUGGAAAGUGUCAUCGGGCCAGGUGCAGCGGAAGUUGGAACGAGCGCACGCGAAGGGCGUCACGUGUCUGCAGUUCACGAGAGACAACACGCAGAUACUGUCUGCAUCCUUCGACCGUACUAUCCGGAUCCACGGGUUGAAAUCGGGGAAGAUUUUAAAAGAGUUCCGCGGGCACACAUCAUUUGUCAACGAAGCAGUCUUCACUCCGGAUGGCCACAGCGUACUGAGUGCUUCUUCUGAUGGUACCGUCAAGGUAUGGUCAGUACGGACGGGCGAGUGCACUGCGACACUUAAACCUCUGGGCUCCGGCGAACCGCCUGUAAAUUCGCUACUGCUUACACCGAAGAACCCUGACCACUUCGUCGUGUGCAACCGCACCAACACCGUCGUCAUUAUGAACAUGCAGGGGCAGAUAGUGCGGUCAUUCUCUAGCGGUCGUCGCGAAGCGGAGGGCGGGUCGCUGGUGUGUGCGGCCCUGGGGGCUCGCGGCAGGCUGGUGUACUGCGCCGGAGAGGACCUGGUGCUCUACGCCUUCUGCGCGGCCAGUGGGAAACUGGAGCGGACCAUCAACAUACACGAGAAAGCUGUUAUAGGUAUGACACACCAUCCGCAUCAGAAUCUUUUGGCGACCUACAGUGAGGACGGGUUACUCAAGUUGUGGAGACCGUAAACGUUGUGAAUACGUAUAGUUUUAGACGAUAUUUCGUUCACGUACGGACUGAGACGUGUGUUAAGCUUCCUUUACAUCAGAAUUGUGCGAGAUUGGUUCAUUGCUACUAGGUCAAGUUUUCAAGCAAGUUCAGCAAACGUAACGCCAGAGUUACUUAAACCUGCCAUAGAUAAGAGUAACACGGCACUGCACCGCAUUAUUGCCGGAUGUGUACACCCAUUUUAAAAGGUGUCAUGGCGCAUACAUUUAACUGAUACUCUUAUUUAAACUUGCGAGUUUGUAUAAGUAUAAGAAUAAUUAAUUUACUAGAAUUGUGGGCCAUAACAAGUUGUUUAUACAUCUAUCUAAAUAUAUAAAAGCGAAAGUGUAUGGGUAUGUUCCGUACAGACUCCGAAACGGCUGGACCGAUUUCAAU